GAGCCACAUGCGUAAAACUCGUAAUGUUAUUACAUUAAAACUCACGAUUAAAUUGUAUUUUAUCGAUAAAGUUUAUCGAAAAAAAACAAGAAAAUAAUUUUGUUAUGUAAAAUGUGUAAUUAUAAAAAGGUUUUUUACACACAUUAUUCGCAAGAACCUGUAAAUCUACAGUGAGUUUGUUCAUAGUUGAUUAUUAUCCAAAAUAUCUUAAAAGAACUAAAUGAAUUUAACUUUUUAUUAAAAUCAGUGUUACUUCCGUUCCUUUUAUAAAGCCCUUCACGAAACAAUAAUUUAUCAACCUAAUUGUUACUUUUAAAACUAUAACAUUAAGCUUAAAUCAUUGAGAAGAUGUCAUUAUAUUGAAAAGCUUUUAAAAGUUCAAUGUGUAAAUAAAAUAGUGACAGCAAACGUAUCGGUAAAUCACACACCAUAGAGAACAGAAUUUAAAAGGGAUAGGUAAUGCUUGAAAAAAAGUUGGCAAAAUUGAAAAGAUAAAAUUCUGAAGAAAAAAAAUGAAUGUCUUAGUUUUUUUUUAUUAAUUAUUAGUAUUUCCUUUUUUUAUAUAACAUUCACGUUAAUUACAAACUUCAAUAAGUCUCUUACGUAUUUAGGGAAAAGCUUUCCAAUCAUAAAGUGGUUCAGUAUCGAUCCAGUAAUUAUUAUAAUCCAUCUGUAGCCUAUUUUUGUGUCAUCGAUCAUCAUAAUCAGACAGUUUAAUUAUUAGCUGCAAUAAAUAUCUUUAAAAUCUACGCAAAAAUGAAUUGCGUGUUAAGUUACUUGACAGUAAGUCUUAAUAACAAUACACGCCACGCAUUUAAUGAUUCCUCCUUGCACCAACUCCCUAUUAGGUUGGAAAGCUAAAGCUUCAUAAAAUGUUAGUCGAAGCUUUCGCUUUCAAAGCGUGAAUCGAUCCAACUAUAGUCGAGUUAAUAUGCCACUAGGCGGUAAUCUGCAGGUCGGGUCUAAAUAUUUUAUUAUUAUAUUUUAUCAUUAUGUAAUCUCUUUUCAGCCUUCAUGAAGAAUUUGUUACGAGUAAUAUAUCAAUGAUGAUAUCAACCAUUAAUUGUAAUUUAUCUAUAUUUCUAUGGUUUGGACAAUCAACAGUAUUGUUACAGAAAAUACAUGGCACAUUAAUACAAUAUAGAGUAAACAACAGCAUUUUUAUUGUAUGUGUAGUGUCUAAUUUAGAUUUUAUUUUAAGAAAUUCGAUACACUUACGUCAUAGGACACGUCAAGUGAACUUAUUGUUUCCCAUGCCCACACCACGGAGCCCAAUGGUUAUGAAGAUAUCUAUGGUUAAUGUUUUUAGGUUAGAAUAGAACUAUUUAGUCAAACUCGGAGGGAUCUUUCCUGUCCUGCCCCAGUUUGAAUCCGCCUUAUUUCCAGCGCUGUCCUUCAGCCCUUGCGUGCCGAAACACGGUCACUCAUGCUCCGCUCCGCAUAUUUGGCUUGAUGGUCGCCUUUGAUCAGCCUCAGCCGCUCCAUCUCGCACAGUUCCCAUGCUUGGUCACAGCAGUUGAGGACUACUCGCCCUCCGCGCAUCCGGUUUUUAUAUUAUACACUCUAGGGGUAGGGCAGACAAGACCAUGUGGAAAGUGGGGUGCUCUAAUUCAGUUUCUGAUAUUUAUCAGAUAUUCAUGCAAUUUGAUUACUAAAGCACGAGCAAUUUUAAUAUUGUUUUAUUUAAUCUAAUUUAGAAAGAUAAUUUAAUAGACAGUUAAUAAGACGCUAUUAAAAAAAAAUUACGUCACAGCACGUUCCGUUACAAUGUAGGUAAUUGCAUACCACAGUAACAUAUAUUAAGUGUAUAAUCUAUUGUAACAAUUACCGAGCUCUAAUUACACCAAAUGUAAUAUAUUAAAAUAAUAAAAUAUAGGUAAUCAGGUAAAAAGUGAUAUUAAAUUGAAUAAAAUACACUUCUACCAUGAAUGGAACGCGAAAUGUCAACUUUGACGUGACUUGAUGAUUUUUCCAAUUUGUUCAAAAACUUUAAAAAAUUAUAUCUCGUAAACCGUGAGUUUCCAGCACUUGAAACUUUCCUAAAAGCUUUCUAUUUAUGAGUACUAUCUACAAAAAAUCUAAACUUCAAAAUCGAUAGACCAUAAAGGAAAUUUUAGCCAAAUGUGUGAUCGCAGUUCAUUUCACGGCACGAUAGCCGAAAUACCAGAGAUUUGCGUCGACAAUUUCACGGUUCUAGACAGAAAAGCAUAUUUUUUAAGUCAUUGUCAUGCGGAUCACACGCAGGGGAUUUUUACCGCCGAUUUUUUGGAGAAUUUAAACAAAAAUCACACCCAUAUCUAUAUGUCCGAGGUCUCGGCGACUAUCGUGGAGUAUGAAAGCAAUUGUGGACCCAUCAUGAGACACAUAAGAACAUUAAAGUUGGAAUCAACAACAAUAACUUUAAUAAUGGAUGACGGGAGCCAUAAGUAUUUGAAUGUCAAAACGAUACCGGCCGGCCACUGCCUCGGAUCUGUCAUGUUUCUAUUUGAGAUAAACAAUCAGACGAUACUGUACACAGGGGACUUCAGAAUGAAUCCAGAGAACAUAUCUGCUUUUGGACAACUGCACAAAGAUAACAUGCCAAUUAAAAUAAACACAAUUUACCUUGAUACCACAUUCCAGAAUGAAAGUUUUGACAAUUUCCCACGCAGGAAAGACAGCAUCCGAAUGUUGGUCAAUCAUAUAAAGCAGUGGGUAGACGGAGAACCUACCAACAGAAUAGCCUUGCAUACAUCUGCUCGUUAUGGCUACGAAUUUGUUUUCAAUGAAAUCUACAACAUUUUAAACAUGAAGACUUAUGUUAGUGAUGAUAAAUGGGCAUUGUACAGCAAAUUACCAUCUGUUAAAGGGAUCACGAACCACAGCGAAGAUACGAUGAUACAUUUAUGUGAGAAACGAAAAUGGCGGGAAUUUGAUCAUAGCAAAUGUUUACCGGAACACAGAGCGAACCAAAAAUAUUUGAAUGUAAUUUUUUCAGCAAUGAGACACCGUUCAAUGGACAAUGAAAACUCGCCCUUAGACAGCCGAGACGGCGUUAUAUAUGUAUGUUUCGCGACGCAUUGCAGCCGAGAGGAAUUGAAUUUUUUCGUCAGUUAUUUUACACCGGACAAGGUUGUCGGUUUCAGGGAUCAGUUUAUACCGAAAGCGGGCACGAAACGAUGUCACGUCUUUGAGCCAACGAGAACGGUGAAGAUUCGUAAAUUCAAUAACAAUAAUGCAUUUAAUAAAAUCGAUCCGAGCAUUGUAAAUGAUUUAUUUUGAAAUUGGUUUUUUAGUUUUAUUGAAAAUGUAAAUAAGGUUUUGUAUUUUAAGAUCUAGUAAGCUUUUCGUUUUGUAUUUGUGCUGUUUUUGAAGAUUUUAUGAAGGCUUUUAUAUAUUUUUCUUAUAAGCUGUUUUAAUAUGAAAAAUUAUGUGAAGUGUAAAGAAGAUGAAGUGGUUUAAUUUGACAUGUCAAAUCAAUUGCAAUGAAAUUAAAUGCAACGGGAUGAUGAGAUGAACUAAAGUUUUAGUAAAAUCGUAUAUAAUUAUUACUGAGAA